GGCUGCUAGCUGACAUAUUGGUAGCCUGUCGGGUGCUACAAUGGCAAAAAGGGAUCAAUCGAUAUGUUUUGUGAUUGAUUUUGAUGUGCUGGUUUAACACCUUUUUUUUUGUUUUUUUUAUUAUCUGUCUGUGAUUCAGAGAGUGUAAGAAGUAGCAGUGCCAUCUGCGUUACUGGUAAAGGUGUCUUGUAUUUGAUGUUAAAUUAAAUGUUGUAUUUAUGUCAGUAAAGAUUUGAUUUAUUUGAUUUAUUAUCACUUUAUUGUGCAGUUUUUAAUGUGCAGAAUACAUAAUAAUAUGUUCACUUAGAUAUGCAUGACACUAAUAAACCAAAAACAAACAACAAAACAUGUUGUAGUCUUAAAUAAAAGCAGUAAUAAUCUUAAUAAUAGUGAUACUAAGGGACCCCUUUUCUAUUACUGACAUAUUUUCUGUAUAUUUUCUGUAUAUUUCAUAUUGUGUGCGAUGUAGAACAAUAACUGGACUAACUACAGGAAGUGAUUUGGCUGAAUAUUGCAUCCGAAAUUAGUUUUCCUGAACUUUUUAGACAAUUCUCCGUCUGUAUUAUGUGUUUGUUUUGGUUUUUUGACAAUCAUAUGUACUUAAUAUGCUUAGUUUUUUUUACAAAUUGGUGCUUGGUCAUUGUUCUGUUAGUUCUUUGGUUGUUUUCACUUUAUAGCUUGUGUUCAGGUCUUCACUCAGCUUACGCUAUGAGUUUUUUUAACAUUCAUAUCUUACAUAAUAAUGUGGAAAUAACAGUUUAAUUUAGCUUUCUACCCAGAAAUGAAUGAAUGAAUGAAAUGGUCUGCUGUAUGCUUUUGUGAAAAACCUUUCUGUCGCUGCCUCUUGGCCAGGUUGACAUUGUAAAUUAGAAUUGGAUCUCGAUUACCGUAUCUGGUUAAAUAAAGGUAAAAUAAGGUCUUUUUUUUUUUACAGGCCUUUUUUAAGGUGAUGUCUUCAAAUGUCUUGGUUGGUCCACAACCCAAAGAUACUCAGUUUACUGUCGUGGAGGACGAAAGAAACCAGAAAACAUGUCAGAAGCUGAAAUCAGAGAAUUCGGACGUUUUUUUCUGGAAAAAUUACUUGAUAGUUGGACAAAUAUUCGAGUAUUCGUUACUUCGUCUAAUUGUGCAUUAUCAUGUAAUCAAUAUGUGAUUUCUGUGUUGCUCAGUGACGUUUAUUACCAUUUCUUUUUGUUCCAGUUUUUAGAUAUUGUGUACAUAUGACAGCCCGUCCUCAGGACCGUACAAGAACUCUAUCCAUGACCCACAUCUCACUGGACACCUGCACUUCUUACUCCGGACGCGUGCUGCUGUUUCAUGUGAGGCUGAAGACAUAACACAGCUGCGGCGCAAGUAAAUCAAACUGCAACUGUACGGGUACCUUGAGGCGCGUACUGGGUUCGUACUUCAGUGCCAAAGUAAUGAAGUGUCUCGGGCGGGGAGAGCCCAGCCCUGAAAAGCAAUGUCAUCAUCCAGCUUCUGUGCACCUCUGAUGGGGCUGAGGAGUGAACCCACCGGCCAAGCAGAUCUGUGGAGGAGAGGGAGGAGGCAGGUUUCCAGGAAACUUGUGUAUUGAUGGAUAGCCAUUUCCUCCUGUCAGCUCUCGUGGACUGAUACCUGCACAUUCCUCUCCGCGUUCAAGGUUAGACUUUGGAGAAGCUGAUAAAACCAGGCCGCCGUCGAAAACCACACUAUUACACCCAAAGAGAGAGUAUGAUGUGCGCCACGUGGGUUUCUUCUGCCAGUGACAGUUUUGUGAAAUCAUACUGGUGACUUGUGGAUGCUGAGUUCUCUGUGUAUAUGAGGAGGAAAGCAGAAACACAUAGAUACUCGCAGUCACUACAGAUGUGCACUACAGAAACCAUGGUGGUCGUUGCAUUGGCUCCUCAGCCCAUCUCAGUCCACGACUACAGAAGCCUUUAGAGGCCGGGAUCAGGAACACGCUCGCCAGCCAACACACUCAUAUGCAAUGGAAGAAGACACUGAUGUCACAUCCCACACUGAGGGCCUGAAUGGUUUGUCACGUGAAUGUAAACCAUUAGAGGAAAUCACCAAUGGACACUCCAACCAUAAGCCUGUCAUGAACGGACUAAUCAUUAGUCACAAUGUCAAAGACCACACCAACGGCAGCGCACAGCUCAGAUCCCUGCCGAUUUCAGCACUGAAGCAGAAUGGCCUUCUGCAGACCCUGGCAGCUGGAGGGGACCAGCCUAAGCCUGCAGAAGAAAAUGUGGAGUUUGAAAAGGCCAGACAGGAGUGGGAGGCUCUGGAGAACGUCCAACCAGCUCUCACUGAGGACUCCAACCCGACCCUGAUCAUCUCCUUCAAUGAAGCCCUGCAGUACUUCCAGACCACAGACCUCGGGGACUUGCUGAAGAACAUCCAGCCAACCAUUCGCAGGACAGGUCUGGCCGCGAUCACACACUUCCUCUUCGGACCUCCACGGCUGCACAGGGAACUCCUGGAGGAGAGGGAUCUGGUCUUUGCCAUCGCACAGUGCCAUGUGGACAACAGCCAACCGGUUCACAUGCGUGUCCUCCAGACCAUUUAUAAGAGGCUGAUUGGCAGCAGGCUGGACUGUCCUCGCUACGGAGCGCACUGGGAAAACAUCGGCUUUCAGGGUACAGACCCAGCCACUGACCUACGUGGCACUGGUUUCCUGGGACUGAUGCAUACUCUUUACUUUGUGAUGGACCCAGAGACUCUACCGUUGGCUAGAGACAUCUACAAGUUAUCACAACAUCCUACACAGAACUUUCCAUUCAGUGUGAUGUCAAUCAACAUGACCCGCAUCGCUCUGCAAGUACUCAGAGAGGAAGCCUUAUCCAAGGAGUGCAAUCGUCGUCAGCAAGUGGUUGGUGUGCUGAAUGAGUUCUACGUUGCAACGUACCUGCACCUGUACCAACUGUGGAAGACCCAACAAAAGACCAUUGCUGACUCUGGCUUUGUACUAAAAGAAGUGGAGCUGUUUGCCAAAAAGAACCCCAAGCAGAUGCUGCGCCGACUAGAGGUCUUCCUGAAAGAGAGGCGGGCAGGUGGAAUCCCCCGUGGGACGUCGCCAGACCCUCAGGCCCAACAGCCCUCUCCCAGCCUGGGGGAACGAGGGGCCAGAGCCGGGACGGGACAGGGAAGCAAGGGAAAGGAAAUGCACUUCACAGGAGUGUGUGAUCUACCGCCAGACAUGGAGGGAGAGGCCAGACUUAUCUAAGCUAGACUCUGUGUGAGUGUGACUGUGUGUGUGGCUCGGGAGCAA